AUGGAAUCUGAGAAAAGAUCAUCGCAUAGAAGUGGUAGUGAAUACUUCAUAUGUUUUACAGCAAGAAAUUCAUCUUCCAUGAAAAUAUCUUCAAAAUCAAUUCAAAGUCCAGGAAGACACAGUGGAAAAUUUGGAGAAUCUUCAGCUUCAUUAUCUUCUUCAUUAAGCAGAAGGUUAAGAAGCAAUGGAAGUAUUAAGCGUUCACCAAUGUUUCCAACUGGAAGUCAGAAGAAAAAAGGUUCAUCUUUAGAAACAACCGCGGCAGAACCAUCGUCACCAAAAGUUACUUGUAUUGGUCAAGUUCGUGUCAAAACAAAGAAGCAGGGUCAAAAAUUUAGAAGAAGAUCAAAAAGAAAAGGUGAUUUAAGUUUUAGAAAAACGGAACAGAAUCAUCAACAGCCGCAAGAAUGUUUACCACAUAGAAAUCAAAGAUGGGUUCAUCUUCCAUUAUCAAUUUGUGAAGCCUUAAAAACCUUUGGGGCUGAGUUUAAUUGCUUAUUACCUUGUACUAAGUCUUAUUCAUGUUUAACAGGGGAGAAAUCUGAUCAGAAGAAGAGAAAUGGAAGACAAACUACAGAAAGGAAUAAUAGUUCUUGUAGACAAGUUUUUGCAAAUUGGGUUAUGACUGGUUUGCAUGAAAAUGAUCAGAAUGAGAUGAAUAUGGAUAAUAAUGAUAAUGAGAUGGAGUUAGUGGUGAGCAGAAGAGAAGAUGAAAUGAAGAGUGAAACGAGAAGAAAUGAUCGAUCUGAGCCUUUUAGGAAUUCUGCUCUUGCUAAUCGUUUCUGGGAGUCUCCUAUACAAAAUAAAGAAGAAGAAGAAAUUUAUCCACAAAGAGAAGCAGUAAUAGUAGUUGAAGAAGAUGAUACAGAUCGUGAAAGUGAUGCUGAAGAAGAAGAAGUGGAAGAUGAUACGGGUGAUGAACCUGAAGAUGAAAAUGAACUGAAAUCAGGAUUAGAAGAAGAGAAUUUCUGUAAAACCCCAGAAAAGGAAGAAAUGCAGAUAUUUCGUUAG